GUCAAGUGUGCGAUUUAUAAAUCGGCAUCGGACAGAUUUAAUAAACCCGAUGUAGUUUUAGAGCGUCCGGCGCUCGGUACGGUCUCUUAAUUAGUUCGAAUUCAAUUAACAUCUCUCACACUCAAUCUAUAUACAGGCUUUGUAGCCUUUGGCACACCUUUAAGAACCAAUCGGUGCCAGUUUCAGAGUUUGGAUCAAUCGGUGCCCAAGGACAGUAUUCAGCUUUCCUUCAACUCACUUUAUCGCUGAUGGCCCCCAAUAUCCAAUCGGCCCCAACGGGUGUUCUUCAAGAAGGAGAUGAAGAAAUAAUCUCCGUCGUUAAACCCUCGAGAGAUGAUAAACCCACCCCAAGAAAAAUCCAGCUGGUUUGGAGGAACAUUAUCAUCUUCGCCUAUCUGCAUGCUAUUGCUGUUUACGGAUUCUAUCUCAUGCUGACUUCGGCUAGAAUAUACACUUCUAUUUAUGCCAUUAUUCUGUAUCAAAUGGGAGGCUUUGGAGUCACAGCAGGAGCGCAUAGGUUGUGGUCGCAUCGCGCCUACAAAGCCAAGUGGCCGUUCCGCCUUUUCUUGGCCUUUUGCAACACUUUGGCCUUCGAGAAUUCAGUAAUUGAAUGGUCCAGAGAUCAUCGCGUCCACCACAAGUUCUCCGAAACAGACGCUGAUCCCCAUAAUGCAAAGCGAGGUUUCUUCUUUGCCCAUAUGGGCUGGCUGCUGGUUCGCAAGCACCCGGACGUCAUUGAACAGGGGAAGAAACUCGAAAUUUCUGAUCUUUACGCCGACCCCAUCCUCAGGUUCCAGCACAAGUACUACAUGCUUCUGAUGCCAAUUAUUUGCUUUGUGCUGCCCGUCCCCAUUCCAGUGCUCCUCUGGAACGAAACCUGGCUGAAUUCGUUCUGCUUGAAUAUCUUCAGAUACGUCUUCACUCUGCAUGCUACGUGGUUGGUCAACUCAGCAGCCCACUUAUGGGGACACAGACCUUACGACCAGUUCAUAAACCCCUCAGAAAAUAUCGCGGUAUCCAUUCUGGCUCUGGGUGAGGGCUGGCACAACUAUCACCACACCUUCCCAUGGGACUACAAGACUUCUGAGCUGGGAAAGUACUCAGUAAACUUCUCCACCUGUCUAAUUGAUAUGAUGGCCAAGAUCGGCUUGGCUUAUGAUCUGAAAUCCGUCUCAGAAGACAUGAUCAAGAAGCGGGUGCUCAGAACAGGCGAUGGCACUCAUGAGGUGUGGGGCUGGGGAGACAAAGACCAACCUAGAGAAGACCAAAAGGAGGCGGUGAUUACACAUAGGAAGCUCACGUGAUUUACUUCCAAUAGAUUUUUUUAGAGAAAUAUAUUAUUUUUGUGUUA